CUCGGCAGGCUGUCGCUUGUGGUCCAUCACCGAUUUAAAAUCCACUGUGCAGAAAAGCUCGCUCUCCCAGUAGGGGGCAUGUACUAACGAGCUCCGUCUCCCUCCAAUUUUCGGGAUUUGCCCCGGGGCGCUCGAACCACUGAACGCACUGCUGAGGCUCCAGCAUCCAAGGAUUACCCUCUACUGCUGCCUUCUUUUACUGUAUGAUGUAUCGGCUGAAUGGGUUACCAACGAUGGACGGAGAAUGAAUAACUGAUAGAUGACAUCAUGACGGUCACCUACACCGCGCAAGUUGCCAAUGCGCGCUUCUGCGGGUUCUCCAAACUGCUCCUGGCCUGGAGGGGAAGCAUCUACAAGGUCUUAUGGAAGGAGUUCCUUGCUUUCUUCGCCAUGUACACUGCCAUCAGUGUCACUUACAGAUUCUUCCUCUUUGAUGACCAGAAGAGGUAUUUUGAAAAACUGGCAAUUUACUGCAACCACUAUGCCAGUCUCAUCCCCAUGUCUUUUGUGCUAGGUUUUUACGUGACACUGGUGGUGAACCGCUGGUGGAAUCAGUACACCCGCAUUCCAUUACCUGACCGCCUGAUGUGCGUGCUCUCCGGCGGCCUGCAGGGUGUGGACGAGCGCGGGCGGCUGCUGCGACGCACCAUGAUGCGCUAUGCAAGUCUGUCCGCGUUACUGAUUUUGCGCUCGGUCAGCACCGCGGUGUUCAAACGCUUCCCGACCAUGGACCACGUCGUGGAAGCAGGGUUCAUGACCAGGGAGGAGCGGAAGAAGUUUGAGAGCCUCAAAUCCCCCUAUAACAAGUACUGGAUUCCCUGUGUGUGGUUCACUAACCUGGCCGCCCUGGCCCGCUGUGAGGGCAGGAUUAAGGACGACAGCACCCUCAAACUAGUGCUGGAGGAACUCAAUCAUUUCAGAGGGAACUGCAGUAUGCUUUUCCAUUACGACAUGAUCAGUGUUCCCCUGGUCUACACUCAGGUGGUGACUCUGGCCGUGUACAGUUUUUUCUUCGUGUGUCUGAUAGGACGUCAGUUCCUGGACCCCACACAGGGCUACCUGGGUCAUGACCUGGACCUGUACGUCCCCAUCUUCACUCUGCUACAGUUCUUCUUCUAUGCUGGCUGGCUCAAGGUAGCAGAGCAGUUGAUAAACCCAUUUGGAGAGGACGAUGAUGACUUUGAGACCAACUGGCUGAUAGACAGGAACUUCCAGGUCUCCAUGAUGGCAGUCGAUGAGAUGUAUGGGGAUCUUCCCAUCAUGGAAAGAGACCGAUAUUGGAACGACUCUAACCCUCGUCCUCCCUACACUGCAGCAACUCUAUUCAGGCUGCGCAAACCCUCCUUCCAGGGCUCCACCUUCGACAUGGCGAUUCCCAAAGAGGAGAUGCACUUCGCUCCCCUGGCGGAUAUCACUGAGAACGUGGAGUCUCAGCGUGGGGGUCACCACCCCAACAUGGCCCUGUUCAACCGGCUCCUCUUCACUGCCCCGUCCCCCACGGGACUCAUUGGAGGGGCUGCGCCGCACCUCCGCCCAGCUCCAAAGGUUCCGCCGUCGCUCCGGGAUGUACCCGCCCUCGUUCAGCGAUGA